AGUUCUGUCGUAAACACAAAAAAACUGCAAUAAGCAAGUUCACGAAUCAGUUUUUCGUUUCAUUGUGUUUUCAAGUAUUUAUCUGACAAGUUAGGAUUUUGUCUAACUGUAAUCAGUAAGUUCGAUUACAAUUCGUGUAUUAUUUUUGAACCAUCUAGUGCGGAUAAAAUUAUUCCUGUGGAAUUUCCAAAAUUGCUUUUCAUGGUGUCGUCAGUUUUAGCAUUUGCUUUGUUCAGCUACAGGCAACAAAACGGUGGAUGGAAUGCAGCCUAGGGAUGGCAAAGUGCCCUUUUUUGUCUUUCCAAGUUCCCUGACAUUUUACCUGGAGGAUCGUACCUCACACAAGCAAAUCCUGACACUGUACAAUCCCUAUGAGUUUCCUAUCAGAUUUAAAGUACUAUGCACAAGAUCCAAAAACUACUCGGUCGUCGACUCAGAAGGCUUGAUCAAAUCGCUCAACCGAAUAGACAUAGUUGUUCGACACAAUGCUCCAACCAUUGCCAAUUGUGGAGUCAUCGACAAAUUUCGUAUUCAGAUGAUAGAUGCCACUACUCGUCAGGUGAUCGGUAAAAAAGAUGUGAUUGCAACAUUGAUUUCUGAAAAACAAAGUAACCAAAUCAAUAAUGGAGAGAUUUUCAAAAAUAUCCCUCUACACAAUGUAUCUCACAGGGACUCUUUCAGCUAUCGAAGUAUGCCAGAACAGUCUCAGGCCUUACAAUACUCCUCUUCAACGCCUAACAUUGAAGUUAUACUUAUCGCCAUUGCUUGCAUCAUCAUAUUACUUCUCCCUACCGAAGGACUUAGCUUCUUCCCCCAACUUCAGAUCUCUGUUAAUUUUAAAUUAAUUUGUUCUUAUGUUCUCGGGUUGUUGACAAUGGUUGUGCUUAGACCUCACUGAACCUCUUCAGGGCGGUGACAGUUAAUGCUUUGUCGGAAAAGAACUUGGUGCUGACAAAUCAUAGAGGGUUCUCAACCUGGAGGUGCAAAUAUAAACAUUACCAUUGAUUUAAUCCAUCUUCCCAGCAAUCCCAUCCUUCGAAAUAGUGUGUAAUUCAAGGCCUGUGUAAAGCUGGUCGUCUUCUAUGUACUCAAUAGAAAACGAAAGUCAAUUCAUCGAUAGUUUAGUUUUGAAGCCUCUCAAUGUGAGGUGAUUUGUACAUUUUUGGAUAUUGAUCCUCUCAUUGCCACUUGCCAAACACAAACUUCAGCCUUGUUAGAGGUAUCAAUCUGUUGACAUCUGGGAAAGUAGAUUCCCUUGAAUUUGUUUUUAUGAUUCUAGUAAUUAGACGAUAGGAAAAAAGGGAAAACGUAAGAUGAAAGAUCGCUGUAUAAACCUUUUUAAGCGUGACCAUUGUCUCACAUCGAUUUUUCAGGCUCAAUUUUCUCACUCUUUUUUCAGAGUGGUUGUUAUUUUCUUCUUCUUAUUAUUUUAUUUUCUUCUUUCUCUCUUUAAAAUGAAAAGAUAAAUGCUUCUGAAGGAUUCUUGCUCCUACUUAUAUUUUUUAUCCAUUUCAUCCCUUCAUUUUUAUCGAUAAAAGCUAAUCUUGUUUGUGACGUACAAACUGACUCUGCAGUUGAUGAAAGGACUGGUUAUCUUUCAUGAAAAAUGUAGAUUAUUACAUUUUGCCUCUUGGAUGGGAAACAUGGACUACUUCUGUUUUUAACUUUUUUUUGUAACGAGACAUCCCUCAUCCCUCCUAUUCCACUUCCAGUUCUGCUCAUAAGUUCACUUUUCUUCCUUACUGUUGCCUCAAAGAAAUGUUUCUCAAAUAAAAUUUGUACGAUUCACAGUUUUCCCUGGUCUUAAAAAUACAUGUUGUAACGCAAAGUCCCUCUCUUCGCCUUCGUUCCUUACAACAGAGUAAUAUUUAAUUUGGCAGUACAUGAUAGUGGAGUUGAGAACAAUAGGCCAUUAGAUAAGUUAUAAUCUAAGCAUCUUGUACUUGUCUCCUCUUUAAACUUCAAUGUAGAAAGCAAGUAAUGCGACGAAAUUAAAUUAUCUCUGAAACAAAGUAUCAACACAUAUACUCAACAUUAAUCAAAUAGAACACUAAUGGGUCAGUUGCGCCAGCCGCAGAAUUAAAAUAACAAUGAGAUCAGGCUCAACAUCUAGUCUCCGAGUCAAAUAUUAAUGGAAAUAUUGUUCUUUGAAAACACUGUGUGCUACGUCAUCUGCUGCACUAGAAUAUUUACCAUGGUUUCUUCCACCUUGAAUUCAUCAAUUAAGGAUUCUCAAAUUUACAUUGGUUGUUGGAAUGAAAACAGGGAUGCAAUCAAGGUGGAAGCAACCAUGGUACGUACCAUGGAUGGCACCAUACAUCAAGUUUUUUAAACCAAGCGACUCAUCAUACAAAUGACAUCAUUUGUAUUUUUAACAUUUAACUAAUGUACAUAAUUUUUAAAUCCUUUUAUCUUCUCAAGGAAUGAAGAGCUGCGGUGUGGAAGUAGACUGUUUGAAUUACCCGAUUCAAAACGGUCGGCGUUGUUGGACUCCGUCAAAAUUACCCGAUGGCUUGUUCGAUUACAUAUGAAAGCCUAUCGUUUCUACCAAACGCUCAACAAUCUCAGGAGGUCAAUGGGACUGUUGGGUUGCGUUUGGAAACGGAAGAACCAAACCGAAUCGGACAAGUUUACUUCGACAUAGCACCCGAUUUUCAAACUUGCCAUGUGAAUCAUAUUUUGCCAAAAAUGUUUAAGAGGAAACAUGACAAAGGGUCUUAGUUCAUAGCUUGUCCAGUGCUUCAUUUUCAAUUGUUCUGGUAUUUUUUUACCCGUGAUUACUUCAAUUCUCAAAACUGAAGUUGAAUUUUUCAAUAUUCUCAUUUGUAAUGUAAGUUUAAUCUGUUGCUCUGUGGGAUGUUCUCUUUUUGUAUGCUCCCUUAUAAAACUGAACUUACUAACUUGUGACUAUUUUUUUUUAGUUCUAUGUAUACACAUACAUACCUACAUUGUUCUUUUUUAUUUUUUUACUACAGAGUUUUUCAUUUUUUGUUCUUUUUUUACAGCAAAAAUGUAAAUCGGAGUACUUCUAUGUGGUUUUAAUUUUUUGUUUUUAUUUUUAUUCAGUUUUUGAUGGCUGUAAAUAUUUGUUUGUUCUUAGUAGAUUGUUUAUGAUGCCCUAA